UCUCGCAUCCAUCGAACUCCGACGACGACGAAGAUAGACAUGGCGGACCAAAAGACGGCGUCGUUUUCCGGCAGCUGCCUCGCAAUGGCGGCCGCGAUGUGCAUGCUCUUGGGGAUGGCUUCCGCGCAAUCCAGUUGCACCAGCGUGAUCAUCAGCCUGGCGCCUUGUCUCAACUACAUCAGCGGCAACGCCUCCACGCCCUCCUCCUCUUGCUGCUCGCAGCUGGCCAGAGUCGUGCAGUCCCAGCCGGCGUGCCUCUGCUCGGUGCUCGACGGCGGCGCCUCCUCGCUCGGCGUCACCGUGAACCAGACCCGGGCCUUGGCGAUGCCCGGCGCAUGCGGCGUCCAAACUCCGCCAGCGAGCGAGUGCAACGAUGGAGCAGGAUCAUCGGCGGCACCCGCCAAAACUGCGCCGGAGACUCCCUCCUCGACACCAUCACCUCCGGCGGCAGGAGGUGGAUCGAAGGCAACUCCGGUGACGACCUCAAAAGCUGUUUCUUACAAGCCUACUGGUCCUCUGUUUGUUUCAGUCCUCUUCCUCGCUGUUUUCACGUGUCUCCUUCAGUAAACUCAGAGUCAGUCCACUGCAGUUGAAUUAUGAGUUAUUUUGUUUACCCUUCCUUGUGCUCGAUAUAUAUAUAUGAUUUGAAUUAUCUUUCAUAUUCAAACGGGUUGUCAGACCAUCUCUUCUCCCUUUGGCCGCAAGCCAGACGACAAUUUGCAAUCUCAUCUGAUCACUAAAAUCAACUACUGAUUGAUUGACACACUGAUUCGUUAGGAAACGAUUGGCAAUCAAUGCAGAUGGAGACGACGCUUGCCAAUCAGCCCAAACAAUCCGGUGCAUGAUGAGAUGCUAUACAUAGUAUACCCACUGCAUAUGGCACGCAGUAUGAGAGGAAACAAUUCUUGGUGCCCGGUGACUUCACAUGGACUUGUCCCUCAGAAGAUAUUAUCAAACCAGAGGAAACUGUCAAUCGCACAGCAUGUAACUAACACAAUAACGUCAAAUCACCAAAACAAGAAAACAAAAACCUAGAGAAUCCAUUUCCAGCCCCCACCCUCUGCCCUAUCCCACUUAAUCCUCCCCUUAAUGCAGGGCGAUGGCCAACCAUGAGGCCCUCCAACUGACCUUGUCCCGUGUCCCACUUUGCAAAAUGGAGGGCACAAAGUCCUACAUAUAUAAUGCCUUCAUCAGCAUCUAUUCCUACAAAUCCGAGCCUGAGGAUGGAGGUUGAGUCAGUCAGGUGCGAGUGCUGUGGGCUGGAAGAAGACUGCACCUGCGACUACAUAAGCAGUGUGAAGGCAGACUUCGGCGGUAAGUGGCUCUGCGGCCUCUGCUCGGAAGCCGUGAGAUAUGAGUUCGGCAAGGGGGAGAGGAAGAGCCAUGAGGAGGCCGUGAAGGCUCACAUAGCCUUCUGCAGGAGGCACAACUCCAACCCGGCCGUCCGCGUCGCCGACGGCAUGAAGCAGAUGCUGAGGAGGAGGUCUGGAAGCUUGUCGAAAGCAACGGCCGCCGAGAAAAAUGUCUAGUUGGGAAUCUGUUUUUCUCUACCACUGCAUGCGUUGCUUGUUGUAAUGUGCAAAGCAUUUGAUCACUAGGAAAUUAAAAUCUGUUGAAAUUGUUAUUUUGUAGCUA